AUGUCUUCGUCCUCAUCAUCGCGCCCUGCGCCUCCCGUAGUGAUACCUGGUUCGGGAAACAAUAUCAUCGUGAAUCCUUUACAGCGUGGAAACCCUGUGUUAGAAUGCAUUCGCAAUGUUGGAAAGGAAUAUGGCGAUAUCGUAGCAGACUAUCAAGUCGGUCGAACUACGGGAGUGCUAUUCCUAAGUUUAAAAUAUCAUCGUCUUCAUCCGGAGUACAUACAUACACGCAUUGAAAAGCUUGCGCACCAUUACACACUACGCAUCUUAUUGAUACUUUCCGACAUUUCAGAACACAAAGAUCCCAUUCGCGAAUUGACGAAAGUUUGCUUAACCAACAACAUCACAGUCAUCGUUGCGUUUUCAUUUGAAGAGGCCGGCCACUAUCUUACCAUCUUCAAGCAAUUCGAACAUAAGCCUCCAAACAUGAUCAAAGAACGGGUGGACAAGGACUAUGCCUCUAUGUUACGCACCUCGUUGACCAGCAUCAGUAAAGUGAACAAGACCGAUGUUGAGACUCUGAGGAGUUCUUUCGGGAGUAUUGCAAAUAUCGCGCGAACUUCACCUGAUCAGCUUUCCAAUCUACCUGGUUUUGGCCAAGUGAAGGUUAAGAACAUCAAAAACGCCUUCGAGAAACCGUUUCGGAAUCAUGCAACGAACACUUUAGCCUUUAUGGCUUCAUCUCCAUCUCGAGAGCCUAUGGGCAAUGAGCCCCAUGAUGGGGUCGAGCAAGGGAACACCGUCGCCGAGCCUUCGUAUAAGCCACCUAGAGAACCAAGCCCGGUUUGGGACAUUGAGUUGGAUCUUUGA